AUGUCUGUCCAGCGGACGACACCAGCAAGACGAGGCACCAUGACGGCCGCCAUGUACAGCAAACCCAAGCCCAAGGAGUCGGUGCUGGACCUCUGCACGCGGGCGACGCUCCUGGGCAACAACAUCUCGGUGCGGAUGCUCGAGUUCCUCACCAACGUCAAGCACCAGCCGCACGGGUUCCGCGACCUCGCCAACGACUUCCUCGACAUCUGCCGGAUCCUGUGGUCCAUCGAGGCCGGCCUCUCGGAGGCGUCCCGCACGCACCAGGAGUUCCCCGCCGACAUGAUCAAGGAGCUCGACCUCAAGUUCCGCCAGACCAACUCGGACUUCCAGGUGCUCGACCACAUGAUGUUCGAGUUCCUCGAGUACGAGAAGAAGGGCGCCAUGGGCAAGAUCCAGCGCGGCUGGCGCAUGAUGUUCGCCGACAAGGAGAUCCUGCGCAUGCGCGAGUCCCUCCGCAAGGCCCGCGACGCCCUCCGCAUGAGCGCCCUCGUCUUCCAGUGGUCCCUGGGAAGCUCCAAGACGGACGACUCCGUCGGCAACGGCUACGCCGGCCUCGCCGCCGCCCUCGACCGCAUGAGCAACAACCACUCGACGGUACGCAUAUCCAAGUCCAAGUCGUUCGAGGUCCAGACCGCGUCGCCGCCGGACCGUUCCGACGAUUCCUCGCCCCCCUUGCCGUCCCCUCUCCCGCAGAUUUCCUCCCAGGCCCCUCAUAUCCCUCCCCCGUCCCUCGUCGAGAAGAUCUCGGCAGACUUCGUCCUCCAGGAGGUGAGGCUUUCCCCGGACCCGCGCCGCCGGGCCUCCCUCUCCAACAAGAGCCAUCACAGCUUGUCGGAGAACGGGCACCCUCACUCUGCGAGGAUACCGGACCGCAGGAUCGGCAGCGGCCGGGGGGACGACCUCACCAUCUCGGAGCAUGGCCAGUACGACCUCCACCAAGCCGCCGCGAACCUGAGACCCGCCAUCAACAACAACACGGAGAGGAGGCUGGCGCUUGACGACCUGACCAUCUCGGACCGGGACACCGCCUACGACACGCCCAGCCGCCUCUCGGACCGGAGGAACCACCUCCGCGACUCGGACAACGCCGUCUCGCCGUCGUCGUCCGGGACGGAGACGCUCAUCGGCGAGCUGCAGACCAUCGCCGACAGCAUCCCGACCAAGGUGGUCCGCCUCAAGGCCGACCCGCUGACGAUGCCGCGCUGGACGCCGCGGCACAACGCCAGCGGCAACCCGUCCCUCAGGACGUCGCUCAUCGCCGCCGUCCACGGCAAGAACCACAAGCUCGUGGAGCAGCUGCUGGACCGCGGCGUGUCGCCCGACACGGGGCCCGACCAGCACGUCCUCGUCGACUCGGUCCUCUGCCAGGACGCCGAGAGCGUCCGGCUGCUUCUGCUGUUCGGGGCCGACGCCAACUCGGCCGACAAGGACGGCAUCACGCCGCUCUUCGCCGCCGUCGAGAUGAACUCGCUCGAGAUGGCGCGGACGCUGCUCAAGUACGGCGCCGACCCGAACCUGUCGGCCGGCGCGUCGCAGGAGUCCCCGCUGGCCAUCGCCGUCAUCGACGUCAAGGUCGACUUCGUCCACCUGCUGCUCACCUACGGCGGCGACCCGAACCACAUCAUGGCCAACGGCAACACGGUGCUCAUCGCGUCCAUGAACAAGACGACGCCCAAGAAGCUCGUCGACCUCAUGCUCGACUACGGCUCCGACCCCAACGUCAAGAACAGGGAGGGCAAGACGGCGCUCUUCGAGACCAUCAUGGCCGCCCGCGUCGACCUGCUCGGCGCCCUGCUCGACCACGGCGCGAACCCGAACCUCCCGGGCCCCAAGCACAUGCUCUGGCCCGCCACCUACCAGGCCCCCUGCCUCAAGGUCCUCCUCGCCCGCGGCGCCGACAGCAAGAAGGCGCCGGGGAACAUGGAGCUGGCCGUGAGCAUCAACAACAUCGAGUCGGUCCGCGUGCUGCUGGCGGCCGGCGUGAGCCCCAACACCAAGAAGGACGGCAUCUACACGCCGCUCUGCACGUCGAUCCGCGACAACCGCGCCGACAUCCUCGAGCUGCUGCUCGAGAACGGCGCCGACCCGAACCUCAACUCGGCCGAGUACCCGGCCUUCAAGUGCGUCACCCACUUCCGCACCCACUUCCUCCCGCGCCUCGUCGCCGCCGGCAACGACCUCCACAACCCCAAGGGCAUCAUCGAGACGGCCGUGCGCGUCAACAACACCGAGGCCCUCAUGUGGCUCCUCGACCAGGGCGUCAGCCCCAACGACCGCGGCGAGGACGGCAACACGCCGCUGACGACGGCCAUCCGCGAGAACCGCGCCGAGAUGCUCGACGAGCUCCUCGCCCACGGCGCCGACCCCAGCGUCCGCGGCGCCGACUGGCCCGUCGUCAUGGCCGUCCAGCACCCGGCCAUCCUCAAGAAGCUGCUCCCCGCCAUCGCCGACCCGCGCUCCUUCAAGGGCCUCAUGGAGCGCGCCGUCGUCGCGGACCAGAUCGAGAGCGUCAAGCUGCUCCUCGCGGCGGGCGUCUCGGUCGAGGACAAGAACGGCGGCGUCUUCUCGCCCCUGACGUCCGCCAUCCGCGAGGACAACAAGGAGAUGACGCGCUUCCUCAUCGAGGAGGGCGGCGCCGACGUCAACGCCCCCGGCGAGCACCUGCCCAUCGUCAAGGCGGUGCGCCGGUGCCGCGGCGACGACACGGACAUCCUCGAGAUGCUCCUCCGCAAGGGGGCCGACGCCAACAAGCUCUACCGCGGGUGGAACGCCGUCAUGCAGGCCGUCGAGAACGGCGACGCCAAGCUGCUCAAGCUGCUCGUCGCGGCGGGCGGCGUCGACCUCGAGGCCCGGGACGACGCCGGCCGCACCGUCAUGGAGAUCGCCGCCGGCCGCGGCUGGGAGGAGUCGGUCGGCAUCAUCCUCUGGGACGGGAAGAGCAAGGAGUGA